AUGCAGCGCCGCGUCCCCCGAAACACCAACGCGCUGCUGCAACAGUUGCGCAAGGAGCACGAGGAUCGCUCCAUGCAGCAACGAGCACGCGACCAAGCUGAGCAGCGCAUCAAGAUCCGGCAACAGACACUCCGGGAUGUGUACGAGGAUCGCGCCCGCCUCCGCGCCGCACCAAUCACGGUCACGCGUGACUUUAUUGAGACGGUGAUUGAGUUUGAUGCCUCGCCCGGAUCCCCGACAUAUCGCACACGCGCUGCUCUCAAGCGCUCGCCCCUCACCCGCCGCGUCAUCCGCAGGCACAUACACGAAGUGCUCUCGCACGACGCACACCCUGUGACGUUCCGUCUCAACACGGACAAGGCUGCCAUGAUCCGCAAGUACCACGACCAAGACCACUACACGUCCUCUCUCAUGUCCUCCAAUUAUGUCCAGAGUCUGCUACGCGACACGCGGGCGCUGAUUGACAACGGCAUGUCGAUGAUUCUGUCGGCGUAUCCAGAACUCGAAAUGCACACGCACACACACGAUGCACAGCAGCAACAACAACAGCAACAGCAGCAACAGCAGCAACAGCAGCAGCAGCAACAGCAACAACAGCAACAGCAACAACAGCAGCGCAUGUCGCAACUGCGAACGCGUGCAGCGACGCUGCUGAACAGGCUUGGUCGGGGAAGUGUGGAUGGAGAAGGAAUGGGCAUGUCAGCACACACGCACACGCCCUCGCAGGCGACCGGCAGGAAGGACCCGUUUGCUGGUGAUGCGAGCGAUGAUGACGGUGAUGGCGACGAUGGUGACGAUGGUGGAGAGGAUGAGCGCGCAGCCGAUGCUGGCGAUGAUGAUGAUGAGUGGGACGUCAAUGAAGUCGUGCGAGAGCAGCUGGAGGCCUUUGUGUUUGACGAAUCAGUGUGGGCCACCCUGCGUGUGUUGUCGCCGGAAGAUAUGCACGUGAAAGAACAGCGUCUUCGUGCAAAAUGCGAGGCCUACAUCCCUGUCCCGAUUCAGGAAAGUCUGCUGAGCGACAACCUUCGCCUCCUCCCCGAUCCCGAACACCCACCUCCGGGCUUUGAGCCGUACAGCGCAGCCGUUUCGCUGCUGCAUCACAUGCCGGCCGCCUAUUCCCCGACGAAGAAGGCCAAGGUCCUCUGCGAUGUCGCCCAGGCAGCCGUCGAUGCCGUCGAAGCAUUUGCAAAGCACCACAAGGACAAGACGAGCGCUGUGUCGUGCGAUGUGCUGCUGAGCAUCAUGGAGCACGUCGUGCUGAAGAGCGGGAGAUUUGCGUUCUUGUAUGAAAUAUUCGGCAUGCAAGAAUUUAUCGAUCCGUCUCUCUUGAAGGGCCAAGAAGGCUUCAUCCUCUGCACGUUUGCCAUUAUCGUGGACCAGCUCACGCAAGAGCCCAACCCAGACCCAACACAACAACAACAACAACAACAACAACAACAACAACAACAACAACAACAACAACAACAACAACAACAACAUGAUGGCGUUGACGAGAGCAACACAGACGACGCGACCACCCACCAACACGGGGAAACAGAUGAACAACAGGAUGACCCGCCCAUCAGAGAUGAAGAAAUCUGGACGCAACAAGCCAACAAUGACAACGACGAUGACGACAAGGAAGACAAGGAAGACAAGAAAGACAAGGAAGACGCGCCAACAGCCGACAACCAGUAGUCGAGCGCCUCUUUGUCUGUCUGUCUGUUGCUUGGCUUGAAUGUUAUGUGCUCCAUAAACAACUUUCUACAACGG